AAGUUGUUGCAUGUCUAAAGUAUAGAUCAAAUUUAAAACUUUAAUUAAAUUAGAAGAAACUCGUGUUAUCUGAUCUAAACGAUAUUUGUUGCUUACUCUGAAUCUUACUAACAAAGAAGCAUCUUAGAGAGAAGUCAAGAACAAUUCAACACGUUCUCAUCCCAACAAUCAUUAAUAUAAAAAGCAUUUACUUCCUCACCUAAAUAUUAUAGUACUGCGUAUCAUCCUAUCUUUCCCAUAUAAAAACCCAACUAAAGUCCCACAAUAAACCCCAACCCAAACCAAACCAAACCAAAUAAACAAAACAACAACAACACAGAACACUCAAACCUCAAAAAAGACACACAUAGUUAACAACAACAUUGUUCUGUUUUCACUUUUCACUGUACACACACUCUCUUCUCAGCUUCUCUUCCAAACAGAGCACAAAACAAACACAAUGGAUACUAUGAAAUCUUUCAAAGGUUACGGCAAAGUAGACGAAAUAGAACAACAAGCAUUUAAAAAAAAGACACGUAAGCGCAUCACAAUCAUAAUAAUCUCCACCGUUAUUCUAUUAGCGGUUAUAAUUGCUGCGGUUGCAGGAAUCCUCAUACACAAGCGCAACACCUCAUCAUCCUCUUCCUCUGACUCGCUCCCAAAAACUCAGUUAACACCCGCCACUUCACUCAAAGCAGUUUGCGAGGCAACUCAGUACCCUAACUCGUGCUUCUCCGCAAUCUCAUCUCUUCCAGAUUCCAACACUACCGAUCCUGAACAACUCUUCAAACUCUCUCUCAAAGUCGCCAUUGAUGAACUCUCAAAUCUCACGCGCGGUUUCAGUGAUAAAAUCAAAGCGAGUGGUGACACGCGCCUUAAGAAAGCGAUUGAAGUUUGCGGUUCGGUUUUGAACGAUUCGUUAGAUCGGCUUAACGAUUCAAUGUCGACGAUUGUUUCCGGUGAGAAGAUUCUUUCUCCGACGAAGAUUCGUGAUGUUGAGACGUGGAUUAGUGCGGCGAUAACGGAUCAUGACACGUGUUUAGAUGCCGUUGGUGAAUUGAACUCAACCGCUGCGAAAAAUAUUCGUAGUGAAAUUGAAACGGCGAUGAGAAACUCGACGGAGUUUGCUAGUAACAGUUUAGCGAUUGUGACGAAGGUGAUUAGACUCUUAUCGAAUUUCGAGGUUUCGAAUCAUCACCGGAGAUUGCUCGGAGAUUUUCCGGAGUGGUUAGGAGCGGCGGAGAGGAGGUUGCUUGCGGCGGCGGAAGGGAAUGGGACUACGGUGAUACCGGAUACGCCGGAUGCGGUUGUGGCGAAGGAUGGAAGUGGACAGUAUAAGACGAUUGGGGAGGCGUUGAAGAUUGUACCGAAGAAGAGUUUGAAGAGAUUUGUGGUGUAUGUGAAGAAAGGAGAAUAUGUAGAGAAUAUUGAUUUGGAUAAGAAUACAUGGAAUGUGAUGAUUUACGGCGACGGUAUGACGGAAACCGUCGUAAGUGGUAGCCGGAAUUUCAUGGAUGGCACACCUACGUUUGAAACUGCAACUUUUGCUGUUAAAGGUAAGGGAUUCAUUGCUAAAGACAUACAAUUCAAGAACACAGCAGGUGCAUCUAAGCACCAGGCUGUGGCAUUACGAUCAGGCUCGGAUGAAUCUGUGUUCUAUAGGUGUUCAUUUGUGGGAUUUCAGGAUACCCUUUAUGCACAUUCAAACCGUCAAUUCUACCGCGACUGUGACAUUACAGGUACAAUAGACUUCAUAUUCGGAAACGCAGCUGUUGUGUUCCAAAAUUGCAAAAUCAUGCCUAGGCAACCAAUGGCAAACCAGUUCAACACCAUCACAGCUCAGGGUAAGAAGGAUCCUAAUCAAAACACUGGAAUUGUGAUCCAGAAAUCAACUAUCACUACACUACCUAAUGAUAAUCUCAUAGCACCUACUUACCUUGGUAGACCAUGGAAAGAUUUCUCCACUACUAUUAUCAUGAAAUCACAGAUUGGAUCAUUCUUGAAACCAGUAGGGUGGAUAAGUUGGGUUUUCAAUGUGGAUCCUCCAAGUAGCAUCCUCUAUGCCGAAUACCAGAACACUGGGCCAGGAGCAGCAGUAGACCAGAGAGUCAAAUGGGCCGGUUAUAAGUCCGCUCUCGAAGACGGAGAAGCUCUGAAGUUCACUGUGGAUUCCUUUAUCCAGGGUCCGGAGUGGUUGCCAAAUGCUGCUGUGCAGUUUGAUUCUACCUUGUAAUUUUAAUACAUUACUGACACAAUACCCUAUAAAUGCAUGAAAUUUAUUGUCCUAUCAUACCCUUGUAAGUUGUAGCUUGUAUUGCACUCAUUUUUUUUGACCUGCUUUUGAAUUGUUGUAAAAUUAGUAGUUAAUGCAGUGUGGAAACAUAUUUCAAAACUAGAAUAUUUUAAACAUACUUUAAAAGACAUGUAAAAUUGUAUUGACUUUUGAUUAUAUAAGUAAACGUUUGCUGCUUCAA